AUGAGUGACGAGUUCGAAAAACCCGCGACAGCCCCGCCGGUCAACAAGGUCGUUGUUGUUUGCGACCUCGGGAAAGUCAGUUCGCUCUGGCCGCCGAUUGAGAUCGAGCGCGCGAAUCCCGUGACGGUUUGGGACAUCAUGCACGCGAUCUAUGAAUUCUUCCAAAAGCCCAUGACCCAGCGCGAGGUGGACUACGUCUCUGCCAUCGAGCCCGGCAAUUACGAGAUGUUGUGUGAGGCGUUUUACAAGAGGAUAUACGACUCUUCGAACAUCCCAGAGUGGGAGAGAUUGAGGGGUAUCAAGAGGGUUGAUGUCCUCGGAGACAGACGGGUGUGGUGGGGAUUGUGGAUCACGUAUAACCCUGAUGAUACCUGGCAGUUGAAUCUUGGUUUAAUGCCUCUUCGACAGUCAUCGUAG